UGAAAGGAUUUGGCGUAUUGUGUGAGUGCGCGGGAUGAGCGCGCGGUGGAAGAAAGGAUAAAGGAGGAGGUUCUUCGUGUCUAGCGUGUUCUUCUUGGCAGCUAUGGAGGACGAGGAGAAUACCACAUUGGACAUCAAUCCGCGCCUCCGCGAGGGCUUUCGAUCGGGGCGGACGAGGAGCUCUGCCUGGCGAUCCCAGCAGCUCCAUGCGAUCGCCCGGAUGAUCGACGAGUGCGACGCGCAGAUCUACAGCGCCGUCGCACAAGACACUGGCAAGUCGCCAUUCGAAGUCGAAAUCCUCGAGAUCUUUCCCGUCAAGAGCGCGUGCCAGCUCGCGAUCAAAAACCUCAAGAAUUGGACGGCCGCCGUGAAUGUUCCACCGCUGCUGGCGACGCUCCCGGCGUCGGCCUCCAUGAAGCCCGAGCCUUUCGGUGUCGUGCUGAUAAUCUCCGCCUGGAAUUUCCCGUUUCUCCUUUCCCUGGACCCGAUGGUUGGAGCUAUUGCCGCGGGUAAUGCUGUGGUGUUGAAGCCGUCGGAGAUGGCACCAGCGACAUCGGCGUUGAUCGCACGGCUGCUCCCUUUGUACUUGGAUAAAUCUGCGAUUCGCGUGGUCGAGGGUGGAGUUCCGGAAACCACUGCUCUUCUCCAACAAAAGUGGGAUAAGAUUUUCUACACGGGCAGUCCAAGAGUCGGACGAAUUGUCAUGGCUGAGGCCGCAAAGAAUCUGACGCCAGUCACUUUGGAACUCGGGGGAAAGUCACCAGUUAUUGUUGAUUCUUCAAGCGAUCUCAAAGUAAAGUUUUCAAGUCUUUUUCGGUUUUGCCUUGGUGGAUUUUGGCUGACCUUUCUCUUCCAGGUCGCUACCAGAAGGAUCGCUGUUGGAAAAUGGGGAAACAACAAUGGUCAAGCCUGCGUCAGCCCAGACUAUGUGCUUGUCGACUCGUCUUGCUCGACUAAAUUCAUAGAAGCCAUGAAAGAUACGCUCAAGAGCUUUUACGGAGAGAAUCCUAGGGAGUCGAUGGACAUUUCGCGGGUGGUUAAUAUUAACCAUUUCAAUCGCCUGGUGGGCCUGUUGGACGAUCCAAACAUCGCAUCAAAAAUUGCACACGGUGGUGAAAAAGACGAGACGAAGCUGUACAUUGCUCCAACUCUUCUCGAGGACGUCCCGUUGGACUCGAAGGUGAUGAGCGAGGAAAUAUUCGGCCCAAUUCUUCCAAUCAUCUCGGUGCGAUCCAUCGACGAGGCUAUUGACAUCGUGAACAGCCGGCCAAAGCCUCUGGCGCUCUACCUCUUCACCAAGAAGGACAAAGUGAAAGAGAAGGUCAUCGCAGAGACGUCGGCCGGAGGCAUGGUUGUAAACGACUGCUGCUUGCACUUCUUGACAACCACACUCCCAUUCGGUGGAGUCGGAGAGAGCGGCAUGGGAUCCUACCACGGCAAGUUCUCGUUCGACGCCUUCAGCCACCACAAGGCAAUCCUGACGAGGCCGUUCUGGAUGGACAUCAUGGCCCGGUAUCCUCCCUACAGCGCGCACAAGAAGACCUUCAUCCGGUGCCUGCUCGAGGCCGACUUUGUGGGGGUUAUCCUCUGCCUUCUCGGCCUCAAGGGCUGAUCCUUCUUCACCGGUUUUCUUUCCUCUCUAAUUUUUUUUCUCCCUCACUGACGUAAUUUGCUGUUCUUUUCUUGGUUUUCUAGAUUCGAAACGAGUUGCUUGUAUAGUUUGAAGCCAUAAUAAUCUACGUGCUCAAGUCAACGAA